CCGGUAGUAAUGCGGCUUCUAUCUGUCAAUACUCAAAGUUCACUGGAACAGGGGUCGUUUGAUCAAUUUUAUCCAUCACAUAAAGAAUUCUAUGCCGCCGUCUGAACGAUUGAAUUCUUUAAAUCGCAGUAAAUAAUAAGGUAGGUAAGUGAGUGUAUGGCAGGGGAAAGGGAAUUAAGUUGGAAAGAGGGAACGACUGGAUAAGUGCAUGGUUUUAUGUGACUGAGAAUUCAUCUGGAGGUGAAUGCGUGCAUGUUUGUGAGCACAACAGAUUCAUGACAUGAAGAUUUGGCAAGCUAUGAAACUUGAUUGUCUAUGACAUCUAGUGUUAGGAAAGCUAUGGAGGAGCCAGGAAACACCACAGGGCUGUUUGCCUGGGCAUACAGUGGCGUGAACUUUGACCUGGCUGGAAAUGGGGGUGUGGAGUGUAGGGACUUUAUCAGUGUUAAACAGAGAAUUGUAGAGACUGUGAUCAGCUGUACUGCGGCAGGACUGAUUCUGUACGGCGCCGUCACUCGACUAACUCUUCCUAAAAACCCUGUCAUCAAACCAGACCCUGUGGGAAAACGAAUUCUUUUGGUAGUGCAUUGCUUGAUAUUUGGUAUCGAGCUGGGCUUUAAAUUAGCUACUAAGCAAAUGAUUUAUAUUCUUAAUCCAUGUCAUGUGGCAACAAUGAUGCAGAUUUUUUGCUUGGCAGCACCGCCAGGACGAUUAGCAACAUCAGUGUUCCGAAUUCAACUACACAUGUUAACAGGGGCACCCAUUGCUAUACUUUUUCCUGUUAUAAAUACUCGAUUGUUGCCAUUUGAGACAGAAGUAUACUAUAUACAACAUUUGCUGAUGCUAGUCAUUCCAUUCUACUUACUCAAAAUCAGAGGUUCUUAUACUGCUGAGCCUGUGUUAGACUUUAGCUGGGCUUUAGUAUCUAUGGGAGUCCUAUACAUCAUAUACUUUGUACCAGUGCAGUACCUGGCCUAUAUAUCAAAGGUGAAUCUGAAUAACAUGCUUUGUCCAGCAGUUUCAGAUCCAUUUUAUGGACCAUAUUAUCGAAUCUGUGCAAUGACGCAUCAAGGACUUCUCAUACCAACUCUGGGCAAGUUUUACACGUGGCUCUCAAACAAAUUCCUCCGAUCUUCAGUAAAGGUGGAAGAGGAGUUGGUAUUUAAGAUUGACUGGGUCCUGGAACCGCCGCCUAUUGACAAUCUCACCGGCAAGAACGGUGUCAUCAGUCACCAGGACCAUCAACCCAACCCCAAUAAUGGACAUCUAAAGUCCUCCUGAAACAAAACUAGCUUUAAUUCUACAAAAAAGACUUUCCUCUGUGUCAAUAUUUCAUUAUUUUAGAUUUAGUAAUAUCUGUGAAUAGAUGUGUUUCACAAAAGUGGAAAAUACCUGUCCUUUUUAACUAAUGAUAUAAUUUUGCGUUAGGUCAAAAAAAUUAAUUAAUAGUUUCUGAGGCACCGCCACAUCAGUUCAAAAAUGGCCGCAUUGAUCAAUUUUGUUGACAUAUUGAAAAGGGGAAUAACUUAUUUUUCUAAGUUGAAAAAGAAAAUUGAGUUAUCCCCCUUUUCAGAAAUGCUGAGAUAGACGUUUUUAUUGGAAAAACAAUAUAAAUUUCUUCUAAAUUUAAAAUAUUUAAGAAAUAAGGU